GUCACCGAGUCCUUUCUCGGCACGAGCUCGAUGGGCAGCAUGGCGGAGGGCGAGGCGGACCUGGAGUUGGACGCGGAGGAGAACUGUCACGACGAGAAGCCCGCGGAGAAGCCCCGCAAGCAUGACAGCGGCGCGGCGGACCUCGAGAAGGUCACCGACUACGCCGAGGACAAGGAGAUCUCGGCGUCCAGCCUCGAGAGCGCCAUGUCAGUGAUCGGUGACAGGCGAUCCAAGGAACAGACCGCCAAGCAACAGAGAGAGAAUGAACUUGCCAAGGUUACCAUCAGGAAAGAAGAUGUAGAAUUAAUCAUGAACGAAAUGGAGAUUGGGCGGACUGCGGCUGAGAGGAGUUUACGUGAGCACAUGGGUAAUGUGGUGGAGGCGCUUGUUGCCCUGACCAACUGAAGACCUGGACCAGACAGCUUUGCUGCUGAAGCUGGCCCCACCGCCACCGCCGCCGCCACUCCGCGCCAAGUUUUUACUGCUGCGAUACCAACGAUUGACUUCUGCCUGAACAAAACGAUGCACAACUCUGCGGCUUACACGUGUCCUCUGAAUUAUAAUAAUAAAAGUGUUUUGUACACAACGUGAGGAUAUUUCAGUCUGCCGACGUUUUACUUUUUUCAAGUGUGAAACGCCGAUCUCCUUGGUGUCUAGAAAGUCAACAUGAGAGCUAUUCGCUGUAUCCAUGCAAAAAGCAAUUCAGGUGGCUUGCCGCUUAAUGAGUUCAAUGCAAGUAAAAGUUUGAGGAAGCUUUCAUGCAAGGUAACUCAGCACUUAUGUAUAUGGUUAAAUAAUUGAUUCAAAUCAAUCCUUGCGCUCCCGAUACAAAUGGAAUUUUGAGUGCAAGAUUAAAUUACUGUACUUGCUAUUCUAAUUUAUAAAUUAUAUGCUCAUGUUAUGACUGCAAAAGAGAUGACAACUGUUCAAGUGAGAAUACAACAUGGUCAAAAAUGAUGGCUGAA